AUGGCAUUCCCAUCUUAUACAAAAACAUUCCACACCACCUCCUAUCCCAGUAUCGACCCUUCACUUCCCCAUGUCUCCACGGCUGGGAAGGUUGUCCUCAUCACAGGUGGUGGUUCAGGUAUCGGUUCUCGCAUAGCCCACGCAUUCGCAACUUCUGGAGCCACCAAGAUUGCCAUUCUCGGACGCACUGUUUCAAGCUUGGAGCAGACAAAGCAAGGGAUAUAUGAUGAAGUUGCGGUCAAUAAGGCAUUCGAGGGCGUUUCGAAAGCUUUCGGCGAAAUUGAUAUACUCAUCAGCAACGCAGGCUACUUGCCCGACACUAAGCCGAUGGCGGAAGCAGACGUGGAGGAAUGGUUCAAGGGAAUGACUAUGAACGUCAAAGGAACAUUGAUUCUUUCCAAAGUUUUCCUCAAGUACGCUUCCAAGAACCCGACAUUUGUACAUGUGUCAACUAGCGGUUGUCAUAUCGCUCCAAUGCCCAAGAACAGCGCAUAUGCAGUGAGCAAGAUGGCAGCUGCCAGGAUGAUGGAAUAUUUCGCUUUUGAGAACCCGCAUGUCCGGGUUCACACCAUCCACCCAGGUGUCAUCCGGACAGACAUGCAUAAGAAAAGUUCUGAAGGUGGCAUAGACCUAGAUUUCCCGUUUGAUGAUAUCGAGCUGCCAGCUUCGUUUGCAGUCUGGAUUGUUAGCCCCGAAGCUGAUUUUUUGAGAAGCAAGUUUGUCUGGUCGAACUGGGACGUGGAGGAGUUGAAGUCCUUGAAAGAGCAACUUCUUUCAUCUCAGGACCUCACACUUGGUCUCCAGGGGUGGCCUUAG